AACGUUAUCAGUAUACAAUGUUUUAAUUUCGCUCUUAUCAGUUUUCAUCAGAAUCAUCUCACAACUCGUCCCUGUUAUCACUCUCUCGUAUUUUUUCCUAGUAAUUUGUGCACUGAAUUGUUAUUGUUUUUCCAAGAGUUUUUCCUCCUUGGAUCCUCAGCACGUAGGAAGCCACCUUAAGCGUACCAGGUGUAUUCAGAUCGAAUGACAGUUGCUUCCUGUUCUUGUUCACUUCAUUAUUGUGAUAGUUGCAUUUCCAAUGUCCUUGAGAGCAGCAGGAUUUAUUAUUUUCCGCCGUGCAAACACCAUAAUUGAGUACUUACUCCUUCAAGCAUCAUAUGGUCACCAUCAUUGGUCACCACCCAAGGGACACGUGGAUCCUGGUGAAUCUGAUUUGGAAACCGCAUGGCGAGAGACAAGUGAAGAAACUGGAUUACCUCAAAAAGCUCUGUCAAUCAUACCAGAUUUUCAAAGGACUUUAACGUAUAUGGUGGGCGAUAAGAACAAAACAGUAAUCUACUGGUUAGCUGAGCUCAAGGAUCAAAACGAAACUGUCAAAGUAUCUGAAGAACAUACCUCUUUCAAAUGGGUGCAGAUAGAUGAGGCAAUUCAACUGGUUGAACAUGAUGACAUCAUAGGUCUCCUAAGAGAAGUUAAUGAUUAUUUGUCGAAAAACAAAGUCAAGAACUAGUAUUUUCGUAUCAGUGACAGGAUGGUCACAAUUCUGCGCCAUGCGGUUGUAAUGUCUCGUACAAUUCACGAUUCAUCAAAAUGGAGCCUAUUAUUUUCUAAUAAGUUUUUGUGGUAUUAAAGAUGGAAAAUUCAGAAUUAUAAGGGUUCAAGUUCACAUUCAAAAUUUCUUGAACCUGGAAGUUUAAAAGAUAACGUUGUAAAUAUCUGUAUUUCCUCCUGGUCCUGCUCAAAUGAAGACUACCUAUGCAAGAUGAUUGCCAUUUUGGAGCACACCUCUAUUAUCAGAUUUAAUUAUAUUGUGGCAGGUCACGCUUCCAUUGAAUAAAAUUGUACAAUCGAAUUGAAUAAUUUGUUGAUUAAAAUCUAAUCGAUCGAUUUUAUAUAAAUUUAGCAACUGCUCAAUGUUUUCCAUUCCUUUAUUAAUGUUCUCCGACCAAAUAUCAGUUGAUAAUCUGUGGUCUUUGAAACCCUGUAGCAAUUCAGAUUAAAGGCUGUGAUUUCAUUUUUUGCCCGUAUUUUCUCCAGGCGUCUUCCUAAAGUUAAGUUUAAAGACCACACUAAAAUAGUGAAAAAAGGAAUUCAUCCUUAAUUACAUGUAAGAUGAAAAGAGCAAGAAGGUUUUACAAAAGAAAAAAUCAUACUAAGAAAAAUUAUCUUUUUGUAACACAAUGAAAGAACAGUGUACGUGUAUCAAUUUUUCCGAGUUUAUAUUUAAGAGAAGGAUUAUUACCCUGACUUUACAAAAUUUUUUAGAAAUACCUAAUUGUGAUAUCAAGGAACGAUGGACAUUCUUAAUUAUUUGAGUCAAAUAAUCCUCUCAUGAAGUGACAGCUACCUGGAUUAACCUCAGUUGAGCUCCUGUUCUGCAUAAAGCUAGGCAAACUUAGAUUUUCUUGUGAAAGAAAAGAAAAAGAAGAGUAACUUUCAUCCAUGAGUUUUUGAGUCAUAUUCUACUAUCGUUACUCCCAUUUACAGGUUUUAAAAAUCGGUAGAUGUAGUCAGAGUAAAUUUUUGAGUCGUGUCAAGUUUUUCAUCCUGAAGAUGGGAGUCAUUUGUCGUUGAUCCUCUGUCGUAUUUUUCAAAUUUGAAUAGUCUUCAUCCAAAGUGCUUAUUAAAUUUAUUCAGAUAUUUUAGAUUGAUGUUUUAUUUUUAAUUGAUAACUGUUGCAUCUCACUCUUGUUGAAAAUUCCAAGACUCCUGCAAAUUUCAGAGAACGACUCGACAACAAACCAAUGACUUCUAUUUUCAGCUCCCAAUUUCAGUGUAUAAAUUUUACAUCGAAUACACAACCCUAGUACUUGUGGUUUGCAUCCAACUUGCUAUCAAAUUUUUAGAGAAUUAAUGCCUUGCAUGGUGUUUUAUCCUCAUAGUCAUCAUUCUGAUAUUUUCUUCCAAAAAAGUUAAUUUAAGUUUUUACAUCAAUUUUUGACUUAAUUAACUCAGUAAACUAUCAGACACUAGUUUGGCUAUGAUCCAUCCAGUGUGUAGUCACUUUAACACUUUGAUAUCCUUCCCCCUUCCCCACCUUAUCAUUCUGCUUACACUCUUUUACUUUCCAAGCUGUAUUUGAUAAAAAUAAACUCAAUGAUCUUACAA